AUGUGUGACGAAGCGUUUAUUCUUCAGGCAGAUGGACGGGCGCACAUCUCUGAUGUGCGCUUUGUCAGCUCCUCACCUCAUGAUCCGUCGGCUGUCUUCACAGCGUCGCGCGACAACACAGCGAAGUUGUCCACUGUUCCAAGGUCAGGGGACACUGUAGAGGAUGGCCUGACCUUUGUUGGUCAUACCGCGUUUGUCAACUACGUUCUAUUUCAUCCCGAUAUAGAGCUUCUGGAUCACGAGUCGUGCGUUGUCACUGGAUCAAAUGAUAAGCAUGUGGCGCUGUGGAACGCCGAGUCGUCUGCGGUAGAAGCCGUGUUGAAUGGGCACAACAGUGGCGCUUGUUGCGGUGCCAUCAUGCAUUUCACUCCCGGCAGUAUCGACACGGAAGUGGAGGAUGCGCUUGCUGGCGACAUUAUUUCUGGUGAUUGGGGCGGGAUGGUUCUUAUUUUCGAUCACAAAAGUGGACAGCCAAAACAACUUUACGACAAGCAUGCCACGGCCAUCCGUGGUGUGGCGCAGCUGACAAACACCUCGACAGUCGUGUCUGGCUCUGGCGACAAGACGAUUCACGCCUGGGAUGCGUUGACGGGAAGGACCAUACAAAUUUUCUCUGGUCACCAGGAUGUUGUGCAGUGCAUUUGUGCGGUCGACAGCACCCGCUUCGCGUCAGCCGGAAACGACUGCACAGUUCGAUUGUGGAGCAUCGGCACCGAGUGCUCUCUUCAAGUAUUGGAUGGCCAUGACUCACUGAUCUACUCUAUCAGCUGGUCUCCUGCUCUGUCGGAGCUGUACACUGCCUCGGAAGAUCACACAGUGCGUGUAUGGCGUUCAAGUGGCGCUGAUGGCAAGCUGUUCACCGUGCAAGUCAUUCAGCACCCCUGCGUCGUGUGGAGUGUGGCGCCGACAUCGGACGGCAGGCUGCUCUCUGGUGGUUCAGAUCAUACCGUGCGCGUAUGGACCCGUGACUAUGGCCACAUGGCGUCCAUCGAGAAGCUGGAAGCCUUGGAGACGGCCGUCUCUUCCCAAACGGUGGAUGUCAAAAUCGCCAAAUCCAGCAGCGCUGCUGCCACCAGUGGCGGGCUCGAUGUGGAGUCGAUGCCGUUCACGCACGAGAUUGCGCGGCGCCGUGGCACGCUGGAGGGCGAACGCCUCUUUGCCCGCAAUGAGAAGGGUGAGGUGGAGUUGUAUGUGUGGAAUGCCGGUCAGUGGGAGAAGAUCGGCGUUGUCGUUGCAGGGCCAGACGCUCAGCACUACACAGGCGCCUCGGAGCAGCAACGCGAGAAGCACUUCUACAAAGGGCAAUCGUACGAUUACCUUUUCGACGUGAAUGUUGAAGGUCGCAUGCUGAAGCUGCCCUACAAUGUCGGCGACAGUGUUGUAGAGGCGGCAAAGCGCUUCAUCCAGGACCACGCUGGCGUUGUUGCGCAGGACUCGCAGGAGGAGAUCCAAAACUUUCUGAUGGCGCAUGUGUCGCCAGAAGAUCUCUCGCAUAUUCCGGGCUUGGAGGGUACCAGAUGUGCCUCCGACUCUGGUGGCGCUGCAGCACCCACGCUGUCUGGAGCAACAGCCGCUUCGCCGCCGCCAGGGGAGACUGACAGUCUCCUUCCUGCGUGGGAAGCGCCGCAGCUUUUUGAUACCUUCAACGCUGCAGCUGCGCAGACGAAGGUGAACACGCUCUUGCCGGAGCACACUCAGUUCCACCACACCGUCGAGGCGUUGUCGCCGAACGCCAGUGAUCCAUCCGCCACGUGCUCAGGUCUUCUCAGCCUGUACGCCGCAUUGCCGGCUGGGUUUCGCUUUCCCGCAACGGACGCUCUGCGCUAUAUGCUCACCGCCACCGUUGAUAGGCCCGAGAUCGUCGGGGAGACGCUGACACAGCUGAAUACCCUCUGGGGCUCUAAAGCACAGCCCCCGCAGCUGCCAACGUCGGCAGCUGAGUGGAUGGUGGCUCUGCGGCUUGCCGCGUCCGUGUUUGGCCGCUUGUGUGACGCGCGUGUGCAAGCGCCGACCAUGACUGAAGACGCGCAGGAGAUGCUGGUGUGGCUGGCGACGUCGCUGCCGUCCAUGACGAAGCUGAUCACGAGCGACACGCCCGCUACCAUGCGCACCAACUGCCGAGCUGCUACGGCUGCACUCCUCCGCAACGUGACGGUAGCCCUGUGUUCCCCGGAGUUGAGUCUAGCGACGGCGGGGUCCGCGGGCCUUGCCGAGCGGCUGGCCGUCGCCGUUGUGCGGCAGAGCGCCGUUUUGUUUGUAGUGGAGCGCAACGACUCGCCAGUAGUGCGCGACAGUCUGCGCUCGCUGCGGUCACUCUUGCUGUCCUCUUCUCCGUCGCCGCCUGCGUGGCGCGCUGCAGUAGUGGCGCAGGUGGUCAGCUCGUUAACGCCCUCAUUGAAGGGGAUUGCCACCGGCGCUCGCGUCGAGGGCCAGUCGACGGCUGCGUGGCUGUUGGCUCAAGUCGGCUGCCCAAUCACCUCUUGA